AUGAAUCCACAGGAUUUACAGUCGUUAAAAAACGGAAAGGAGCAAACUUAUCUUAUUCCCAACUCGGAUUAUGAACGUGCUAUUCAACUUCAAUAUCUCGAAUGGAAGGAUAAGUUUUUAGGCCAUCGAAAUGAUAAACAAUCUCAACGAAUCCUUCUGCGUCAGCUCUCUGAUGACCUAAUUUCCAAAACUUUCCUUAGUGGAUUCAACCUCAGAUUAAUUGACCUCGUCAUUGCUGAAACCAUUCAAAAGCACGUGAAAAUGGAUUUUAACGAAGCUGUUGUGCUUGCUCCAAUGGUUCGGGUAACGACUCAUCCAAUGCGUCUUCUUGCUCUCAGAUAUGGAGCCACAUAUGUUUAUACAGAGGAAAUAAUCGACUUUAAGCUUAUUCGAACAACUAGAUUUGAGAAU